AUGACAGCGAGCGGCAAGCACGGAGAGCAAGUAUCGCAAACAAUACCAGACAAUGGCGCGAACCACCUGCAAAAAAGGCGAUCCUUCUUUCGCAGCACCCUAUUCCAAAUCAUUGUCGUCGGCCUCUGCGCCUUCUGUGCCCCAGGGAUAUGGAGCGCCAUGAACGGCCUGGGCGUGGGUGGAUCACAAAGUCCGAACCUGGUGAACGCCGCCAACGCCCUGCUGUACGCGUUUAUGACAGUAACCUGCUUUGCCGGCCCCUGGCUAACGAACAUAAUCGGGUUUAGCUACACGUUGGCAAUCGGUUCAAUCGGCUACCCGCUCUACGCCGCAGGUCUGUACCUGAACAACCGCACCGGCGCAACCUGGCUCGUCUAUCUUGGCUCCAUAACCUGCGGACUCAGCGCCGGCUUCUUCUGGAGCGUUGAAGGCGCCAUCGCCACAGGCUAUCCGGAGCAGCACAAACGAGGUCGGUACAUCGCAACGUGGUUCACAUUCCGGAAUUUUGGAAACAUCAUCGGCGGAGCCAUCUCCCUGGGGAUCAACCACAAUGUCAACCAACGCGGGCAGGUAGGUUACCAAACCUAUCUCGGCUUCAUCGCCAUCCAAUGCCUGGGUCUCGUGUUUGGCCUUCUACUAUCGAACCCAGAGAAAGUCCAACGCGACGACGGAACUCGCAUUGAAGCACCCAGGGAUAUCAACUGGCGGACAGAACUCCGGGCCAUGUGGCGUCUCGCCCGAAGUAAAUCCAUCCUCCUCCUCACACCCCUGUUCUGGGCACUCGGCAGCUUCCUCUCGGCCGUAGUCGGCACACUAGCUACCUGGCUGGGCGGUACACUCGUCGACCUGCCCUGGCUUCCAAGCCGGAAGGCAAGAGCUAUAACAACAUACGCCCUCAUUGCAGCCAUGAACACCACAACGUGGAUAUGGGCUGUGGUCAUUCAAAACGAAUACAGACACACGAAGCCGGUGCUGGACUGGGCGGACCAAAGUGCGUUUGGGCGCGGCUUUGGGGUCUACAUGUUCGAGCGGAUCAGCUUGGGCAUGGUCGAGAACUAUAUUUACUGGUGUAUUGGGAAUCUGUCGGAUUCGCCCGGUGAUCAGAUUAGAUAUAGCUCUUUGUUGAGGGGGAUUGAGACUGCCGGUGUGGCGGUCGGGUUUGGGGUACAGGCUGUGCCGACGGCUUUGAUUGUUACUGCGGCGAUUAAUCUGGGUUUGUGGUGUUUUGCGUUGCCCUUCAGCUACUAUGCUACCCUCGGGGUGGUGAGGAAGUUCGCGAAGAUGGGGUUGAUAGGGCAAGAGGAUAGACCUGAAGGCAGACAUUAA